GUUGUGAUAAACUUAUUAAAUAGUUUUUAAUUUGGUUCUAACAGGUAUUAUGAGACUCUUGAGAUGAUCCAGAAAGUGGAAGCGGAGUUAGCCAGAGCCCAGAAAAAGAAAGAGUCCAACUUGAGACAGCAGAGCUUAGACAUAAAAGUAUUGAAUCGCUACAUUGGAGAGCAAGGGAUGAAUUUGUCGAAAGAGACAAGCUAUGCAAAAAAGUCAGCUGAAGCUGCACUUAGCCGGAUAGACAGAGAGUGGGGGAGGAGGAUAGGGGAGGUAAAGAGGGAGUUGGGAGUGUGUAGGGAACAUACACAUCAAGAGGAGCAGUGUCGGAACAAGUCGGAGAUCCACUUGAACGAGACACUCAGAAACACAAAGGCAAAGAAACGGAGUUCAUUAGCUGCAUGUGAUGCCGACAUCAAGGAAAUAGCCGGAAGAAUUACCGAGCUAAACGCCAAAAUCAAAGUGUGCAAGGGUCACUUGAAAAAUGCUGAGUUAGAGCGUGAAAUGAUCAAUGAGUUCAGCUCAGUUUACGAGUGCGAAAUGGAACAGGCAAGGAUGGAAUCGGAGUUUAGAAUGAAGACCAAAUGGGCAGCAGUUAAACUUCAGUCGGCUUGGAGAGGAGUUAUGGUUAGAAAAGCACUUGGGCCGUACAAAUAUCUGAAAAGGAAAAGAACUGGUCGACAGGGCAGCAAGAAGAAAAAGUAACCACUGAAAAUUUAUGAACAAAAUUUGUCUAGAAUUGAAUUUGGCAAAACCAGUUGUCGAGUUUUUUUGUGACAGCACAGUUUCUUUUGUAAUUUACCAUUAACAUUUGAGCUCUUGUUUUUUUGCCUUCUAUUUCAAUGGUUAAGCAGCUCAGAACAUGUUACAGGAGGAGCAAAUGUUUCAAAUAGUCGCGUAUCAAAAUGGAUCUUUUCUGAAACAACUUGCAUUGAAAACUCUCCUGUCACAAAGUUUCGAUGAUCUUGUUUUGUUCGCUAAUUCUUUUGGAUAACAUAAACUCAUGAAUGCAAA